AGGGGAGCCGCGCUCCGGAAGUGAAGCGGAGACCACCGGCUGGUGGAUGCGCGGCGCUGGGCGGGCUGUCCCCCGGCGGCGCCCGGGUGAGCACGCGCGGGGAGCGGGGUCUCCGUGCGACAAGCUGCACCGCUGCCCCAGGAAGGGUCCGCGAGUGUCAUGAUUUGGCGUGUUCCCCGCCACCACCAACAGAAAAAGGAGCCCAGCUGCCCUGCUGAAAGACUUCUCUCCAGGAUCAGAAUGGAGGGCAUCUCGCAGACCAGGAGAUGUGGGGUGGCUGGCCGUUGGAGAAGGGUCCCCACCACGUGGCUGCCGUGGACUGUGGACCCACGGGCAGUGGCACUGUGACAACUGAGCCAAGUCCCACCACCCACCGAGGGGCCUGAGGAGUCGAGAAGUGCUGAGCGGCUGGCACUGGGCAAGGACAGGUUAUUGGGCCAGAAGACUCUGAGAAGACUGCCAUGCAGGGACCUGUGCUCGGGGGUUAGGGUGUAGAAGCUCCCCCAAGACGUGGUCCCUGCUAGCCGUGUGUCUCCGUGCCCCAGCGUGACAGCCUCACUCUGUCUGGGACCAUGGCAGUGGCAUUGCUGGAGGACUGGUGCAGGGUCAUGGGUGUGGAUGCUCAGAAGUCGCUGAUGGUGACAGGCAUCCCGGUGGACUGUGGGGAGGGCGAGACCCAGGCCAUCCUGCAGGAGGCCUUGAAGUGCGUGGGCCGGUACAGACUGCUUGGGAAGAUCGUCCGGAAGCAGGAGAACGCCAGCACCGUCUUGCUAGAGCUCCUGGAAGACCCUGAUGUCUCGGGCAUCCCCAGCGAGGUGCAGGGAAAGGGGGGUGUCUGGAAAGUGAUCUUCAAGACCCCUAACCAGGAUGCCAAAUUUCUCGAAAGACUGAACCUCUUUCUAGAAAAAGAGGGCCAGACAGUCUCGGGGAUGUUCCGAGCCCUUGGGCAUGAGGGAGUGUCUCCAGCUGCUGUCCCCUGCAUCUCGCCAGAGCUCUUAGCCCAUUUGUUGGGACAGGCAAUGUCACAUGCCCCUCAGCCCCUGCUGCCCAUGAGGUACCGGAAGCUGAGAGUCUUCUCGGGGAGCGCCACACCCACCCCAGAGGAUGAGCCCUUUGAGCUCUGGUUGGAACAGGCCACUGAGAUAGUCAAAGAAUGGCCUGUCACGGAGGCCGAAAAGAAGAGGUGGCUGAUGGAGAGCCUGCGGGGCCCCGCCCUGGACCUCAUGCACAUAGUCCAGGCCGACAACCCGGCCAUCGGCGUGGAGGAGUGUCUGGAGGCCUUCAGACAGGUGUUCGGGAGCAUGGAGAGCCGCAGGUCCUCCCAGGUGAGGUACCUGAAGACCUGCCAGGAGGAAGGGGAGAAGGUCUCGGCCUAUGUGCUUCGGGUGGAAACCCUGCUCCGGAGAGCCGUGGAGAAGCGGGCGAUCCCCAGGAACAUCUCAGACCAGGUCCGCCUGGAGCAGGUCAUGGCUGGGGCCAGCCUCAGCGAUGUCCUCUGGUGUCGCCUCAGGAAGCUGAAGGACCAGGAGCGACCGCCCAGCUUCCUGGAGCUGAUGAAGGUGAUACGGGAAGAAGAGGAGGAAGAGGUCUCCUUUGAAAAUGAGAAUAUCAGGGAGCCGCAGAAAGGUGGUGCCUGUGGGCGCUGGGAUAAUGGGAGAGAGGACUGAGGCGGGCUGGGAGUGGCCUCCUCCAGCCAGCGGGCUGAGGACCUUCACUGGAUUAGGCUAAGACCUUUACGGUCUUUUUUGUUUCCUUUAAUGUACAAGAUUGAAAUGAAGGCAUUUGAGCCAAAUCUUGCUUUUUUUUCUUUUCCUAAGGAAAAAAAAAUACCUGGAGUUUCUUAAACCCUAAGUAGGUUGUUAAUAAAUAAAAGAUUAAAUUCUAAAUGUUAGAUAGAAGGGGCUGGGUAUUUAGCUCAGUGGUUCCGCUGCCUGCCUCGCAAGCAUAAGGACCAGAGUUCGAUCCCCGAUACCAAAAAAAAAAAAUGUUAGGAAGCCUAAAGAAAUCUGAAACACCUGUAUUUCUGGUCCCUUUUAAAUAAAUAGACCAAAAUGUACUCAUACAACAGAAGGGAAAAUAGAAAAAAAUAGCUUUUCUGAUGAGUUUGAAAAAUGAAGUGGCUUGGCCUGCCACGUGGGUUUACGGGUCUCAAAUCAGCAAAUUCCUGCUGAGCCCUGAGCACAUGGGACAUGAUACAAAAAGUUAGAGAGCUCCGACCACCGUGGACAGCUAAAUUGUGAACCUGCAGGGUAGGCAGGCUUGUAGGGAGCUUCUGGCCAAGGUGAGAAGCUGGCCUGGGCACCGUAAGUGUAGGGAGGGCGUGGACAGGUAGGUGAGUAAGACACCACCUCCUCCAGGUUUCCUCCUCCUCUCACCUGGGAAGUGUUCCUCCACCUUUCUGCUAGGUGUCGUGUAGAUCAGGGCUCCCCAAGUCCCAGGAACCUGCGGGGAGCUUGGCUACACAGCAGGAGGCAAAGGGCCAGCAAGGGAGUGAAGCUUUGUCUGUAUAACAGCUCCCCACCACUGGGGUCACCCCCUGAGCUCUGCCUCCUGCCAGGUGAGCAGCAGCAGUGGAUUCGCAUGGGAGCUCAAGCCCUACUGUGAAGCACAUGUGGGGGAUCUGGCUUGUAUGUUCCUUCAGAUCAUCCCCUAACCAUGCACACCACCCCUGCCCCAGUCUGUGGGGCUCUGAUGGCACCUGGUGGCUCUGAAGAUAACAGGUGAGGUGGCCCCAUCCCCACUGUCAGAAGGCCUGAGGCCCAGAGAUGGCCUCCAAGAAAGGGUGUACAUCGGAGAACAGCAGCACACGCAGGGCACCUGUGCACGUAGCCAUCAGACUGGUCUGGUUAGAGAUGAAGGUUUUGAGUGGCAACAGUGCAAAGAGGAGAGAACCUCACAAGUACUGAGGGUCUGCAUCGUGUAAAGAAUUUCUCACAGUGUCAUUGGAUGUGUGCAGCAUCUGUCCUCUUGCUUGCGUUCUUUUAUUUUUGCUCAUUAUGAAGAGAAAGACACUGAAGCUCAGAUGGGUUCAGUGGUCUCCUCAACACCAAAACAUCAUGUGGCACAGCCUAGACAAGCCCAGGACUCUGACUCAGGUUCAUCCUCCACCGUCUUAGUAGCUUUCAGGUUGCGUUCUCAAAGUUUUGCAGAGAUUUUUCAGCAGUCCCAUCUUCAAAAUGUGCUUUACACCCUUUCAAUAUCUAACGACAGAUAGGCUCAAAUAUGUUGAUGAACCAGUGUUAACACUCAGCCUUUACCGGCAGGCUUGCUUUUGUUUCCAGAUUGACCCACUUUGUGUAGACCUCGAAAAAAGCUUUCCUGCUGGUCUCCGUGACCCUAUCCAAACUUCCUUUAAUUGCCCAUAGAUUUGAGAGCUAUAGCAUGUCAAGAGUUUAAAUCGGGGCCCUGCAUGCUAAGUAAGUGUGUAGGACAGCACAAAUGAGCACCAUCGAGUUACAUGCUAGGCAAAGCUCUGAUACAGCUGAUGUACAGUCUUGUGGUAGAUUUGUGAUACUAUAAACAAAUUGCCUCGCUUCUGUAACCCUCAGUCUCCACAUCUGAAAAUGGGGUGGGGAGAGCACAGCGUGGUUGUUAGGAUCAGAUGGCAUAAUAACCCUCCAAGAACUUGGCUGAGGUCUGGAACUUAGAAGAGAGGCGACACUUGGAGGCUCUUGGGGUUUUCGUGACGUUUAUUGUCAGUUUAAUGCAUGCUCUCCUUGUUGUUCCAGUUGUGAAGGAACAAGUGAAGAUGUUAUCUUCUGGCCCAGUUGUGAUCCCUUUGCAUUAGAAAGCAUUGCAGCCUUUUGUAUUUGUAAUAAGUAUUCCAGCAGCUGUCGACAGUUGUUAGUGACUUGACUCUGAAAUAACAUUCUCUCUGAGUGUAGGUUCGUUUAAGGAAGAAUGCCGUGAGAUUAUAAGAAAAGCAUUUUAAAUAAGGUAUCAUUUGUGAUCAUUUGCCUUUCUAGAGAAUAUUUCUCAAUAGCGUUUAACCAGAGUGAUGUGGUUGUCAUCCAUUGUACCCUGAUUUCAUAUGCUUUUGUGUUCAUGAAAAUUACCUCAUUAUUGUCAUUCAUUGACAUUCUACAAAGUCAAAUGUUACCAUUGUGAAGUUAUAAAAUAAAUCCAUGCUAAUAAA